AAUAGAUUUAUAAAAAGAAACAAACAUAUAUGUGAUCAAAUUUUUGUGCAGUGAAUUUUAUUAAGAAGUUAAUUAGAUAUGAAUGGCGAUGAUUAUAGGUUCCUUAACAAUAAAGUCUAAAGUGAGAUAUAUAACAAAAUAUCAUGGAUGCCAUUUUGGAAUCAUCAACAGAAUAUAUUAAACACUCAAAUGAUGGAACGAAUACUCCUCUAGUCAAUGAAAAGAAAUGGGAAUCAGAUUUUCUCAGAAAAAAAUGUAGAAACCUAGAACUGGAACAAUUUUAUAAGCUUUACUUGCAAAGACUUAAUGUUAGUUAUCUCUCAUUAUUUUUAAUAAUCGAGACAUUUGUUGUAAUUGUUCACUCCAUACUUUUACUUGCGACAGUCCGGAAUUUAUCUGAUGUCUAUGUCGACAUAUGCAUUUAUAUAGGAUCUUCAGUUGCAUUAUGGAUCAUAUUAGCUAUUAACUUUUACAAAGAUUUUCAACGUCACUCAUGGAUACUAUACGUAACAUCAUGGUUGGCAAUAACAGUCAUGAUGGCGGCAGAUCUAAGUAUUCCAAUUUACCAUGCUGUUAGCAGCCAUGAUAUACUUCGACCAACAUAUGCGUGUUACGUGUUAUUUGCUGUUUAUAUAUUCAUGCCUGUACCAGAAAAUUUGCACUCUUUUAUUUUGGGUAUUGCCGUUACAAUAUCAUACCUAGUCACGUAUACUUUUAUAACCUAUCGCACUGAGCCAACAACAAAUCGGAAUGCUGGAACUAUGGCUAUCAUUUCAGAUGCUAUUUUUUUAUUAUGUGUUAAUUUAUUAGGUCUCUACUACCGCAUGAACCAGGAAAUUGCAAUACGGACAACAUUUCUUGAUAGACGUCAAUGUGUUGAGGAAAAUUUACUCUUGCGUUAUGCUCGCGAUCAAGAGAAAAGUCUUCUUCUCAGCAUCAUACCUGCACAAAUAGCAAACAAAAUAGAGCAGGAUGUUAAAGUUCGCAUUGAAUAUCUAAAGGCACAACAUCGCAGAAAAAGUAUUGAACCCGGGGCAGCAAGUUCUAAUACACAUAUAGUUAAACGCUGGCGUCAACUAGAUACUGAAAAAUUGUUCAUUGAGCCCCACAAUGACGUAACGAUCCUAUAUGCUGACGUUGUUAAUUAUACGCAUCUUACGACGACUUUGGAUGUGAAAACGCUGGUGGAAACACUUCAUGAUCUCUUUGUGAAAUUUGAUUUGGCGUCGGAAGAAUUCCAUGUGCUACGAAUAAAAUUUUUGGGAGAUUGUUAUUAUUGCGUCGCUGGUGUUCCCAUUCCAAACGAGUAUCAUGCCAAAUGCUGCGUUGAACUUGGUUUACGUAUGAUAACCGACAUACGUGACGUAAGAGCGAAACGUAAAUUGGAUAUUGAUAUGCGUAUUGGAGUACAUUCUGGUAAUAUUCUUUCCGGUGUUAUUGGAGCUUGUAAGUGGCAAUAUGAUAUUUGGUCUAAAGAUGUCGAUAUUGCAAAUCGCCUGGAAUCCACUGGCAAAGCUGGUCGCGUACAUGUAAGUGAACAGACCUUAAAAUUAUUGGAUGGCGAAUAUCUUUUCGAAGAAGGUACCCCAGAAGCACGCAAUGAUGAAGUUUUGAGAAAGUACCGUAUUCACACAUUUUUAAUUAAACCUCCUAAGGUCACAUUUUACGAUCGCUCAAUUGGAGUAAAACGACAAAUUGAAAAAAAAAGUACUGCCAAACAAGAUACAACUGCGAACUUUAUGCAUAACACAAUUAUGCAAUAUAACCAAAUACGCAACCAGGCAAAGUUGGAAAUGAGCAGAGAACUGGACAAAAUGCCGAUUGGUAGAAUUCAAAUGAGCCAGUUAUUUGGUCGUUCAAAGCGUUUAACGCAGGAUGAGAUGGAGGAGCAGAGUUUUCGCAGUAAUAUCACGUCUUUGGGAUUGUUCUUUAAAGAUUGGCGUUGGGAGUUCUUAUAUCUUAAUGAGCCUGAUGUAAUGCUGAAAUAUAGCAUACUGUUCGGUUUUAUAACAUUUCUAGCUAUAGUUGCGAUGCAGGCGGUAAACGAACCACAAUCCACUUUAUUUUGGAUUCUAGUGGGGAUUGAUGUAUUUGUAUUGACAUUUUUUCUUGUAGUAUCCUGGUACAAGAAACUAUGGAUAAUGUUUAUUAGUGAUUCAGAACAGUCACAGCCUAAAUCGACCUUUAGCAUAAUAUUUUACAAUUUAUCGGAUCGUGUUCAAAGAAGUCUUGUGGCACGUAUAGUCAUCUAUCUAACCAUUGUCGUCAUGCACUGCACUUGUACAUCUUUGCAACUGUUAGACUGCGACAGGUUUGAGGUUAUGAAUGAAGAAAUCGAUAUUCAGCUUCUACAUAAUGGACAACAUGCUCACUUUUGCUUCAAUGCUUGGGCUGUGUCGGAAAGUGUUAUCCUUACAGUUAUAAUGGUGUUUCUGUUUACGCGGGUGCCUUUCGUAAUGAAGCUGUUCUCGGGUGUAUUGAUCAUUGCACUUUAUAGUGUUGUUGUGGAAUUUGAAUUCGAGUUUAUAUAUGAAAAAAGCCCCCCUACAAACGUUGGAUUGUAUGCGGAGUACUCACACAUUCUUAUCUUGGUGAUUACUUUGAUAAUAUAUCAUCUAAUAGAUCGUCAGAUGGAGUUCAUAUCAAAAGUCGACUAUAAUUGGAAGCGGCAACUACAGAAGAGGCAAGACGAUGCGAAAUUCACUAAUGAAACAAUAAAAAUUCUUAUAAACAAUAUAUUACCAUCACAUGUGGCUGAUAUCUAUAUGAGAAAAAUGAUGAAAAAUGAACUCUAUUACGAAGAAUACGAAAAUGUUGCUGUGAUGUUUGCCACAAUUCGUAAUUAUGACACAGAGAAAGUUGGUUUGCGGGUCUUAAAUGAAAUUAUCUGUGACUUCGACGAGAUGCUCAAUUCAUACAGGGGCCCACUAAAAAUAGAAAAAAUUAAGGUGGCAGGUUGGACUUAUAUGGCAGCAUGUGGUUUAGAUCUCGAACGCUCUGAUCAUAUUGGCUCAAAUGCAAGCUAUCGAAGCUCAUCUCUUUUACCUAAUGGAAGACGGAGUCAUCACACCCGAAGUACCAAUAGCGAAGCCAUUGUUAUUAAUCAAGAUCCGGAGCCAGAAAUGUCCUUCGGUUCAUUAGACAGUAGAUCCUUCGAACAUUACGAAGGUCACAAUAUUAAGAGUAGAAAAAUUAGCAGCCCGCAGCAAAACAACGUAGUCUACGUAAUGGUGCAAUUUGCGUUGGAUUUGAUGAAGGCUAUGCAUAGUUUUAAUACCGAAAAUUUGCAAUAUGAGGAUGGUGGUGGCAAAGAUCGGGGAAUGCUGCGGAUUGGUAUUUCUCAUGGAGAAAUAAUGGCUGGCGUUGUUGGCUCUUAUAAGCCACAUUAUGAUAUAUGGGGCAACGCAGUUAACAUGGCUUCACGUAUGGAUUCAACAGGUAUUCCAGGUUGCGUUCAGGUUACUGAAGAGACUGCAGAAAUUUUAAAAACAUUUGAUAUAAACUGUGAUUACAGAGGACUUACUUAUGUGAAAGGCCGUGGCAAGAUUCCUACAUACAUUGUCGGCAUAACCGAUAAAUUGCAGUUCAUCAAGAUAAGCAAUACUCAGGAAGCCGAAAAAUAAUUUUUGUAAUUCGAUAUGUUGUCUGCAAUUAUUUCUAAGUUCGCUAUAUUUUUACGCUGUUAUAAAGUCUUCUUCAGGUUUUUAUACAAUUUCCUGUGAACUUUUCAAUAAAUACAUUUUUA